CCCUCCUCUGUUCUCCACCCAUCCCCACCUCCGCCGCAUUCUCGAGCUCGGCUCGCCCCCUUCCCAUUUAAAUCCCUGUCCCCGAAAUUUAAACCCGGCAGCAGCAGAUUGCCACCACCAACACCACCCAUGAAUAGCGCCGGCGGCGAGGCUUCGGCGGCGGGGGGAGGGAAGGUGGCGUGCGCGGCGUGGAUCCGGCGCCGGGACGAGAAGGCGGCGGCGGCGCGGGUGUUCGCGGCGUACGGCCGGGCGGGGGCGGCGGGCUCCCCGCCCGCGAUCGAGGUGCUCGGCUUCGACGCCAAGGAGUGCGCCCUCUCCCCCGAGCCCCUGGCGAGGGCCGUGCUCGGGGAGGGCGGCGCGGGCGAAGCGCCGCGCGGCAUCGCGGUGCACCCCGCCGGCGACGAGCUCGUCUGCGCCACGGCCAAGGGCUGCAGGUUAUUCAAACUGAUUUUUGAAGAGUUCUCUGUUCGCAUUAUUCCACGAGAUGCCCCACCUCUAGAAUCUGUUGGACCACAGAAGUGUCUUGCUUUCAGCACAGACGGUGCCAAAUUUGCCAUUGGUGGAGAGGAUGGACGUCUCAGAAUAUUCCAUUGGCCAAGCAUGAAUGUGCUCUUGGAUGAACCUAAAGCUCAUAAGUCCUUCCGAGACAUGGAUAUCAGCUUAGACUCGGAGUUUUUAGUUUCAACAUCCACUGAUGGAUCUGCAAGAAUAUGGAAGAUAGAUGAGGGCACACCACUGGUCAAUUUGACUCGAUCCUCCGAUGAGAAGAUUGAGUGUUGUCGCUUUUCUAGGGAUGGCAUGAAGCCAUUCCUGUUUUGCACAGUUGCAAAAGGUUCCAAAGUUGUUACUGUUGUCUGGAACAUAAGUGAUUGGAAGAGAAUUGGAUACAAAAGACUUCUGGGAAAGCCUAUAGCCACACUUUCAGUUAGCUUGGAUGGAAAGUAUCUGGCAUUAGGAAGCCAUGACGGUGACUUCUGUGCUGUUGAUGUAAAGAAAAUGGAAGUUUCUCACUGGAGCAAGAAGGCCCAUCUUGGUUCCCCUGUCACAUCCAUUGAGUUCUGCCCUACUGAAAGGGUCGUAAUCUCCACAUCCAAUCAAUGGGGAGCAGAGCUAACGAAACUGAACGUGCCUGCUGACUGGAAAGAAUGGCAGCUCUGGCUUGUGCUCCUGGCUCUCUUCCUGGCGUCUGCUGCCCUGUUCUACAUGUUCUAUGAGCGCUCGGACUCAUUCUGGAACUUUCCCAUGGGGCGGAACCAGCCCGCCAAGCCGUGGAGCGUGCUGAAGGAGUCCCCUCCGGUCCCAGAGGACCAGACUCCAUGGUGAUGUUUUGCAUUAGAUCAUCCACUUGCAGCGAUCGUCUCUGGAAGUCCAUCGAGUGUUGUUUUAUUUCACUAAAAAUCGUCAAUGAUUGUUCUACCACUACGGUUUUCCACUGAUCUAUGAUCUGACCACACAAAUUUGUAACCGCGGACUGCGAUAAUUCAGAACAAAGUGGUAGUACCUGAACACUUUCUGUAUAUUGAGGGGACAUGCUGUGUGAUUCUGUAUUCUAACAUUGCUCGUUUACCGGUAAUUUGAAGGGAGUUAGAGCUUGCAGAA